GCAUGACGUCAAAUCUCCUCGACGCACGUGUGAGCGUAGCGCAGAGCAGUGAUGGCUGCUGAAAGACUUCAGUUUCAUGAAAUGGGAUUAGACGACCGCCUCUUAAAGGCGGUGGCGGAUCUGGGUUGGUCUCAGCCCACCCUAAUCCAAGAGAAGGCCAUUCCUCUGGCUCUGGAGGGGAAGGACCUUCUGGCUCGAGCGCGGACCGGAUCUGGAAAGACUGCAGCCUACGCUAUACCCAUCAUUCAGCGCAUCCUGGCCUCCAAACAGAGUGUCCGUGAGCAGGACGUGAGAGCUCUCAUCCUGGUGCCAACCAAAGAGCUCGGUCAGCAGGUUCAGACCAUGAUGAGACAGUUGACGUCGUUCUGUUCUAGAGAUGUCCGGGUGGCAGACAUCUCCGGCAAGGCCGACGUGUCAACGCAGAGACCCAUUUUAAUGGAGAAGCCCGAUGUGGUGGUGGGGACACCGUCCCGCGUUCUCGCCCACCUCAACGCCCAGAACCUGGCGCUCCACUCUUCCCUGGAGAUGCUGGUUGUAGACGAGGCCGACUUGGUCUUCUCCUUCGGCUUCGAGUCUGACCUGAAGAACCUGCUGUGCCAUUUGCCGAAGAUCUACCAGUCGUUCCUCAUGUCGGCUACUUUCAACGAGGAUGUUCAGGCCCUAAAGCAGCUGCUGCUGCACAACCCGGUGACCUUGAAGCUCCAGGGCUCUCAGCUGCCUGACAGCAGCCAGCUGCAGCAGUACACCAUCAAAUGUGAAGAGGAGGACAAAUUCCUGCUCAUCUACACGCUGCUGAAGCUGCAGCUGGUCCAGGGGAAAACGCUGCUGUUUGUGGCAGCAGUGGACCGAAGCUACAGACUCAAACUGUUUCUGGAACAGUUCGCCAUCCCAGCGUGUGUCCUGAACUCGGAGCUGCCCGUCCAGUCCAGGUGCCACAUCAUCAGCCAGUUUAACCAGGGGUUCUAUGACAUCAUCAUUGCCACAGAUGAGCAGAGCUUGGUUGAACCUGCCGCGUCUUCUUCAGGGAAGCAGAAGAAGAAAAAUAGCAGAGCGAAAUCAGCAAAGGCUAAAGAUAAGGAAUACGGCAUCUCCAGGGGCGUGGAUUUCCAAAACGUUUCCAAUGUCAUCAACUUUGAUUUCCCAACGUCUGUUGAUUCGUACAUCCAUCGAGUUGGAAGAACAGCGAGAGCCGACAACCCAGGCACGGCCCUGUCGUUCAUCUCUCACACCGAACUCGAUGCCCUGGCAGAGGUGGAGGAGGCCCUCGGUGGAGAUAAAGCCGAGGCGGCGCUCAAACCUUAUGAGUUUAAGAUGGAGGAGAUCGAAGGCUUCCGGUACAGGUGCAGGGACGCCAUGCGGGCCGUGACGAAGCAGGCCGUGAAGGAGGCCAGACUGAAGGAGAUCAAACAGGAGCUGCUCAACUCGGAGAAACUCAAGAUGUAUUUUGAAGACAACCCCAGAGAUCUGCAGCUGCUCAGACACGACAAAGACCUUCAUCCUGCCGUCAUCAAGCCUCACAUGAAAAACAUUCCCGACUAUCUGAUUCCUGAGACUCUGCGUGGCGUAGUGAAUCCGCUGUCGAACAGGAGGAGGAGGAAGAUAAAACCAGCUGCAGAGGGAGUGGUGAAAAGCAGCUUCAAGAGGAACGUCCGGGGGAGGAAUCCGCUGAAGAGUUUCCAGUACAAACGAACAGGAAACAAAAAAGCCAGAGGCGGCAAAUCAUAGCUGCUGGAGUCCAGAAGAGGGGGGAGAUCAGUUCUGCGUAUUUCACCUGUUCAGAGACUGUCAUUAUGAGGAUGGUGUGUGAUCAUAAACACAUUGAAGACAGAAUGGACUCUGCAUAUCGACAUAUUGCUUUAAACAAAACAUGGGCUUCAGGAUCCUGAAAAACUCAUCGUUAGACCUGUUAUCACAUGAAAAUCACUGUUUUCUAAACAAUUUGAAAAUGUUUAAAAGUGAAAUUUCUUCACACCAGUUUUGGCUGUUCUUGUAACAAUUGAGAGCUUGAAAUAUCUUGGAUCCAGCUGGGAAUAUGAUGAAAAGCUCCCAUGUCAUUACCAUUCGAGCAGCAGUAUUUACUAAAAUUUCUCGUACAGCUGGAACACUGAACUGGAACAAACUUAUUUUGAACUGAAACGUUAACGGUGAACUGAAAUAAAAAUGUUUAAUGACACGUUUAUGAAAGUUUGAUCAUGACAAACGGUCGUACAUUUAAACUUUUAUUGUUUCCCCUCCAACCAUGACAGCUCAGCUUAUAUUUUAUUUUAAUGCAUUCAGCCAUUACAAGAAAUCAGUGUAAAAAAAUAAAGAUGAUACAAAAGCAAAA